AUUAGUCGCCAGUCAACUUGGAAGCAUAAAAAAAGAUGCAACAACUGAAUUGUUGAUCAAGAAACAUUGCAUUUUCUUGGUUGUUAAGACACUCGUGGUUCCCAUCUAUAAAAAGAAGACAAAAAUUCAAGAAUCAAAACCCACCACAUAAAUUUCCUUUCCUUAAACAUAGUAAAGUAAUAAUCCAGACAACUUAAUUAUUGAGAUGGCAGAAGUGAAGUUGCUUGGUGUUUCACUCAGUCCUUUUAGUCGCAGAGUUGAGUGGGCUCUGAAGAUUAAGGGUGUGGAAUAUGAAUUUAUAGAAGAAGACCUACAAAACAAGAGCCCUCUGCUUCUUCAAUCCAAUCCUGUUCACCAAAAAAUCCCAGUGCUAAUUCACAAUGGAAAACCCAUUUCUGAGUCUAUGAUCAUUCUUGAAUACAUUGAUGAAACAUUUGAAGGCCCUUCCAUUUUGCCUAAAGACCCUUAUGACCGAGCUUUAGCUCGUUUCUGGGCUAAUUUCCUUGAUGUUAAGUGCAUAACUACAAUUGGAAAAGCUUUAUUUGGCAAAGGAGAGGAGUCAGACAAAGCUAAGGAGGAGUCUAGUGAACUGCUAAAGAUUCUUGAUAAUGAGCUCAAGGACAAAAAAUUCUUUGUAGGAGACAACUUUGGAUUUGCUGAUAUAGCUGCUAAUUUGAUGGCAUUUUGGCUGGGAAUUCUUGAAGAAGCCUCUGGAGUAAUUUUGGUGACAAGUGAAAAAUUUCCCAAUUUUUGUGCUUGGAAAGAUGAGUAUAUUAACUGCAGCCAAGUUAAGGAAUAUUUACCUUCAAGGGAUGUGUUACUUGCCCAUUUUCAAACUCGCUUUCAAACUGCAGCAGCUCCCAAAUAAAAACACUUUUUUAUUUGCGAAUUACCAUGAUUUGGUUGUGGCAAUAAAACUACUUAUUUAAGAAAACUAGCAUAGCCAGCUUUUCACAGAGUAGGUAGUAUCUUGUGUAUUUGUUUUGCUGCUUUGUCAAUGAUUUUGUGUGAUUGUAAUUUCUUCCAGCUACUAAAUGAUAAGAGUCAUGUUUUAUUUUUUA